AUGCCUGUCGCCCUCGUCGCUUUCGAUCUUGACGGCACCCUUGCCGAGAGCAAGCAGCCCCUGCUUGACUCCAUGGGUGAGGCUCUUGCCGAUCUCCUCGACGUCGCCCACGUCUCCGUCAUCUCUGGUGGUGACUGGCCCCAGUUCGAGAAGCAGGUCGCGAGCCGCCUGCCCCCGCGCGCCAACCUCGAGAAGCUCUGGUUGAUGCCCACCACUGGCACCAAGCUCUACACAUACAGGGACGGAAAGUGGCAAGUCGUCUACGCCGAGCUCUUCAGUGAGGAGCAGCGAAAGAACAUCGUCAAGGCUUUCGAAGACUCCCUUCAGGCUACUGGCUUUAAGCCCGAGCAGACCUGGGGUGAGCUCGUCGAGGACCGUGGCAGCCAGAUCACCUUCUCUGCUCUCGGCCAGCAGGCUCCUCCCAAGGAGAAGCACGUCUGGGACCCCGACUUUGCCAAGCGCAAGGUCAUCCAGGCCGACCUGAAGAAGAGACUCCCCGACCUUUCCAUCAACAUGGGCGGCGCCACCUCCAUUGACAUCACUCAGAAGGGUGUUGACAAGGGUUACGGUCUGAAGAAGCUCAGCGCCGCCAGCGGUAUUCCCCUCGAGAAGAUCAUGUUCAUUGGCGAUGCCAUCUUCCCCGGUGGUAACGACUACCCUGCUAAGGAGCUUGGCCUUGAGACCGUUCGCGUCAAGGACCCCGAGGGCACUCUCGCCGCUAUUGCUGGCAUUGUCGCUUGCCUGAAAUAG